GGUAGGUAGAUCUAGAGUUAAACCAAACAAAGUUAUCCGCGCAGCCAAACAGAGGUUAGCAACAGUCAGAAGAGAGGCAGAGAGUCUGAGUCUGAGUCCGAGUCGGAAUCCUACGAGUCGUGGCAAACUGAAAUCAUCUGCUUUUCCUCUUCGGUCUUCCGUCUCCGCCGCUCUGGUUAAGUAACACAACGACGGAGAAGCAGCCAAAUGGCGGAAGCUAAAGAGCCUACGUCGUCGAGUCCGCUGACCCAAACCGACCCUGAAGAUGUUUCCAGGUCUCCGCCAAGCUCCCCCAACUCCUCAACUCGCAAGGCAUGCUAUGCAGUGCUUCAGAGUUGGGUCUCAAAGAAAUUCAUGACCGGAUGUAUGGUUCUCUUUCCUGUCGCAGUUACAUUCUUCAUCACUUGGUGGUUUGUUCAGUUUGUAGAUGGUUUCUUCAGUCCAAUAUAUGCCAGGCUCGGGGUUAACAUAUUUGGCCUAGGAUUUGUUACAUCCCUACUUUUUAUAGUCUUGAUUGGUAUUUUUGCCUCAUCAUGGAUGGGUGCAACAGUUUUCUGGAUUGGAGAAUGGUUCAUUAAACGAAUGCCCUUUAUGAAGCACAUAUACUCGGCCUCUAAGCAGAUUAGUUCUGCAAUCUCUCCAGAUCAAAAUACCACUGCUUUUAAAGAGGUUGCAAUUAUUCGUCAUCCUCGAGUUGGUGAAUAUGCAUUUGGUUUUAUCACAUCAUCUGUAACACUUCAGAGGGAUGAUGGAGAUGAGGAGUUGUGUAGUGUUUAUGUCCCAACAAACCAUCUAUACAUUGGCGAUAUUUUUCUUGUCAAUUCUGAAGAGAUCAUACGACCAAAUUUGUCAGUUCGGGAAGGCAUAGAGAUCAUAAUCUCAGUUGGUAUGACGAUGCCGCAAGUGAUUUCUCCAAUCGAAAGGAUUCCUCGUCAAAGCGACAGGAUUCCACUGAACAGAAUGGUGUCCCUUUAGAAUCAAGUCAUACGUAAUUUAGGACAGGUUCAGUUGUACGCAACAUGAUGUGUUUCUUAUACGGACCGCCGGUGUUGUACGUGAUAAGAUAACUGCUCUGCUUGCUCUCAAAACACAGCUAGACAUGAGAAAACAUGCGAGGAGCUUUAUUUUUUGUUCAUGGAUUCAUGGCUAGGGUUUCGGUUUGUAUUUCGUAUUCGCGAUCCUAUGCGUUGUAGGUGUAGGUUACGCGAUGUUGUAUGUUACGUAGUAUUUUUCACUCGUACGAUGUAAAUUCAGUAUGCUUUUACUUUGCCUUGCGCCGUUGAAAUGGAAUACAGAAAUGCUGGUAUGAUGGUUUCGGGGAAAGGAUUUUCAACGCCCCCGUCUUUCUCCCGCUGCACAUCUCUGUCUAUUCCUAGCCGGUUUGAUUGAAUAAAUCAAAAGAGAAUCAACGGA